GGGGGGGGGGAAAGGGCUCUCUCCUUUUGGGAUAUGAGACGAAAAAGACAACCGCCCCCCAGAGGCCCGUCGUCCUCUACCGUGUGUCAAGACGCAAGCGAAAAGGGUUCGUGGUAGACGGAUGGAGUCCUGGUUCGGUCUGUGAAGGCAACCUAGCAGUCGUUUCCCCUCCCCCCUCCCCCCCUUUAGAGGCCCCGGUCCGAAACUCACUCGUCCCGUUCGUGAUCAUGGGGAUCUGGUGCGAUGGCCUCGGGAUCCUCAUGUCGAGGUGCUGGUUUGUGCAAUUUAGACUACGUCCGGGCUACGGAUUCGACGGGUGGCGCCUGUUUGACACAUCGUGAAGGGGGGAUAGCGGGCAUGGGGGUUGAGCCGUUCAACGGGACCUAGACUCCGGGGAUGAUGUAUAAAAGAUCCCCUUCAUCCUCCGUCAUCUGUCAGUCCGGUUUCCUCAUCUCCAAUAGCAUCACUCAGUCUUUUCUACUUCUCUCCCGCCGGCCGGACAUUCUUUUUUAUCCCCUCUUUCUCGCAUCGCAAAGUUUCGAGCUUUCCAAAUAAUCACUCGACGAAUCCAGCACACCCAGUCUGCUCAGGCAUUCGAAGUACCAGUAUACCCAAGCCAUCCUUCUCAAGCCCACAAACGACAAAAUGAAGUUCUCCCCCCAGUCCGCUCUCCUCGUCCUGGCCCUCGCCCUCCACGCGAGCGCGGCUGCGGUCGAGGACCCCGCCAUGGCCGCCGUCCGCCGGGACACCCUCCUCAUGGAGCGCCAGGGCGCCAACGACAACCGGCCUGUCCCCAACGGCGCCUGCUGCGUCGCCAACACGAGCCUGAAGCAGGACGUCUGCAACGUCAACGGUCAGACGGGCCGCUGCGUACCCGACAGCGUGAACAACUGCGGUGCGAAGUUGACCUGCAUUGAGGACAGCAGGCUGGAUUGCGACCCGAACACCCUCGAGCGUGGCCGGCCCCUUUGCCGCCGUCGCCAGGGGGCGUAGGUUGAGUAGCAGGAGGAGCAUGUCACUAGCGAGUUUUGUGGCCUUUUUUCUUCAUGGCCCAUAAUCAUACCAAGAUAG